GAUUGUCUGUUUUGGCUGUGGGGAUCCCAGUUCCCAGGGUGCAAAAUAAAGCAUACUUCAGGAAUGGUUCCACCACACAGUGCUGCUUUCCUGGGAUCCUCUGAGAACACCCUGAAGUUCUGCAUAACUUAGAGUACAGUUGUUCUUUCUGGUAUUGCUCUUAUUGAAGACAUCUGCCAUGUAUGUCUUUAAUUGCUUGGGUUUGGCAUGGAGUGUUGUUGGUCAAAGAGAACCUUUCUGAAAUUUGGAUCAAGCUGCCAAACUUUCUCUGAAUCUUUCCCUCAUUAUGUCUCUGCUCUUCAUCUUGCUAGAUGGGUUUUGGUAUUCAAGAUGUUGUCAAAACUUGUGUUUCAAUACAGCAGAAUAGCACUUUUCAAAAAUUUUUAUUCUCUCUCUCAAACUGCACAAGAUUUUGCGUUGCUGGGUUUGUUAGUUGUUGUGUUUAUUUCCUGUCUCUCAUUGGCAUCUUGGCAGAUAUUUGGGCCAUUCCCCAUCAGUGUGGGGGAUGUCGAUUCCUCUCUUCUAAGAUUUCCUUGGAGAGAAUUUCUGUAGCUUACAGGUCUGCUUCCUUUUCCCCCUGUGAGAGAAGUGCAUAAUGGGCACUGCAUGCUGUCCAGUUUUUGUGGAACAUAAGCGAUUUUCUUCUGUCCAUCUUCCCCAGAAACGCUGACAGUUUGAAGGGUAAAUAUCCUUUAAAACUCACCUCCCUUGCCUGAAAAUAUUUAUUUUCUGAAGAAGGAAUCAAUUCAGAAGAGGUAAUUCAUACAGCGAGUGCUGAUGUUCUUGAGACCAGUGUAGUUUAGUUCCUGUUCAGCUGUGCAUCUUUUUGUUGAAUCAGCUGAAUUUUCACCCUAUUGGACCAACAAAGCAGCUGUUUCCUGCUCUCAUUCCUUUUCUGCUGCUUCCAGGCACAGCCUGUGUGGGUGACAGCAAGCAGGAAUGGAGGAGGGACCAAAAUUCUUUUCCCUAAAUAGAUGUGUAGGAGGUCAAGGGAGUGUUCUGAGUGACCUUGUUGUGGUUUUACCUUCAUGGCUUUUAUUUGACUGUAACAGGUGGAUCAUUCUCAGGUGAGUGUGAGAUUUUCUGUGGGGCCUCGUAGAUACCGAGGUUCUUGGUGUGUUGUCUGGGCAGCAAGUGCCCCCCAGAAAGGAAGAGAAGAACAUUGAACAUGCAAGUGGAAAGUGAGUCAGGAAGGAUUGAGAUGCAUGAUGAGUCCUCAGGAGCUGUGGCUGCCCAGUGCUUUUUUUAAGCCUGUAAGGAGGGUUGUCAUGCUGAGCUGUGAUAGGUUUGAGUUCCUGAAAGAGAUAAUUCCCUGAUUUGUUUGAAGUCUUUCAGACCUCUAUGCACAGAGAUGCCAAUAAUUGGGGCUUCAGCUUCUGUGUAAGGGAGUGGUGAAACUUGUUUGGUGUGAUAGAGCUGUGCUUUGCCAUCUGACUGCCUUGCUGCACUAUUGCUGGGUCCUCGAGCACACUGGAGCCUGAAGACUCGUGGCCUUUUUUCCUGGAGGGAGGGGAAGUUGCAGACGCACGGACAGCAAGUAGAUUCCUCUCUCCACAUGGGCAGGAGGUGUAGGGAAGAGACAUGAGACUCUGGCUCAAGGGAUAUCUGUGAUUCGUGGCAGGGAUGCUGUAGGUAUUUUUAAAUAUUGUGUUGGAGGAAUAAAUGUAGAGAAGAUAGAAGUACGGAAGUAGAGAAGGGCAGGCAACGAUAAGAAAGUAGGAGAGGAAGGGGGAAGAGAAAGGAGGAAGAAUCUAGAAGGAUUUUAAAAAACCAACAACAGACAAAGAGGUACAUGAAGGAGUCAGGUACUGACUCUCUUGAAAGAGAGAUAUUCCCAAGCUACAUUGUAAGGAUUUGGAAAAUAUUUUAGUGUAGGAAAAAAAAGAUCAGAAGAGACAAGAUGAAAACAGAUGAUGAGGGGGGAUAAGCAGGAAUGAAAAGACAUAGAGAAAGAACAAAGAAAGAUAAGGGAAAGAGAGUAAAUGGAAGAGAAAAAUAGAAAUAGUAUAAGGACAAUAAAAAAAAUAAUAAUAGUAGUAAAAAAAUAAGGAAUCCAUGGAAAUAAAAAUAAACUCCAGAAUGAAAGGAGAAAGGCAGGACAGAAUGGAAACAUUAAAGAGAUGACAAAAGACCUAAGUAGCAUUCACGGACCUUCUCUGUUAGAUGUUAAGCAGAGCUGGCUCGUAACAGCCUUGGUUAGAGCAGAGCAGCUCUCCAGCAAUGAUACUCCGUAAUUAGCGCUGAUGGCUCCGCAUUUGAUGGUCUCUGCGGCGUGAGAGAAAACGGACAACUUUCCAGUGCGGCUGAAGAAUACAGGAGGGUAGAAGGAGAUAGGAAAGGAGAGGAGAGAAUGGAGAGUGGAAUAACAAGGACGAAAAAGAAGACGGAUAAGGCAUAAAGGCAAAAGAUUACAAGGAGUAAAAUGAAAGAGAAAGGAAACAUGACCAAAAUGAAAAGGAAAUGCAAGAAGAAAGAAAAAUAAAAAAGGCGUUGAAGGAAGAGGAGGAAGAAAAGGAUAACUUCCAAACACAAAGGAAGAUAUAAUGAAAAAAAAGAGAAUAACGACAAGAAGACAAGGCAGAACACAUACCCUUCCCUGGUCGGCAGCACAGGCGCUGUGUGUGAGCGUGUGAGGCGGCGGAGCAGCGCACGGUGUCGCUGCAGGCUCAGGAACGGCGUGUGGGCGGCUCCGCCCCGGUGCGGCGGAGAGCCCGGCUGUGAGCGCGGGGGGGCGGCGCGGGCCGGGCAGCAGAGCCGCUGGGUCCGGGCGGCGGCGGGGAGCCGUGCGGGGCCCGUGCCGGGGCCGGCAGGCAGAGCGGCGGCGGCGGCGGCGGCAGGGAUGGGCGAGCGGCGGUGCGCGUUGGUGCGGGUGCUGGUGCUGCAGGCGGCCUGGGCGGUGUCGGGCGGGCAGGUGCGCUACUCGGUGCCGGAGGAAGCGAAGGCCGGGACGGUGCUGGGCCGUCUGGCGCAGGACCUGGGCCUGGAGGCGGGCGAGGCGGAGGCGCGGCGGCUGCGGCUGGUGGCGCAGGGCCGGCGGGCGAGCGUGGAGGUGAGCGGGGCGAGCGGCGCGCUGGUGCUGAGCUCGCGGCUGGACCGGGAGGAGCUGUGCGGCAAGAGCGCGCCGUGCGCGCUGCGCCUGGAGGUGCUGGUGGAGCGGCCGCUGCGCGUGUUCCAUGUGGAGCUGGAGGUCACCGACAUCAACGACAAUGCCCCCGUCUUCCCCGCCGCCAGCCGAAACCUCAGCAUCGCGGAAUCGUCUGUGCUGGGGUCUCGUUUCCCACUGGAGGGCGCGUCGGAUGCGGAUAUCGGAGCGAAUGCUCAGCUCACCUAUACACUCAGUCCCAGCGAGUACUUUUCUCUGGAUAUAAAAAAAUCGAAUGAACGGAAUCUUGUACCCGAAAUUGUUUUAACGAAACCUCUGGACCGGGAGAGAAUUCCCGUCCACCGGUUGGUGCUGACAGCGAGUGACGGGGGCCGGCCAUCUCUGACAGGGACAAUGGAAUUGGUGAUUUCGGUGCUGGACGCGAAUGACAACGCACCCCAGUUCAACCAGUCGGUGUAUAAAGUGCAGGUACUGGAAAGCGCUGCGGUUGGGACGCUUGUGGCGAGGGUGAACGCCACGGAUCCGGAUUUGGGAAGUAAUAGCGAAAUUACUUUUAUUGCGACCAGCUUCAUUCCGCCGAGUGGAAGAGAUGUUAUUUCUGUCAAUCCAAAGACUGGGGAGAUUCACCUCACAGCAGCACUGGACUUUGAAGAAGUCAGUAUAUUUGAUUUUCGUAUUGAAGCGAGAGACCAAGGAACGCCUCCGCUGUCGGGUCACUGCAGCGUGGAGCUGGAGGUGGUGGAUGUGAACGACAACGCGCCGGAGGUGUGGGUGACGUCGCUGUCGGUGCCGGUGCCGGAGGACGCGUCGUUGGGGACGGUGGUGGCCCUGCUGAGCGUGUCGGACCGGGACUCGGGGGCGAACGGUCGUGUGCGGUGCUGGGUGUGGCCGGCGUCGCCGUUCGGUCUGGAGGCGACGUUCGCGGGCUCGUACUCGCUGGUGCUGCGCGAGGCGCUGGACCGGGAGCGGGUGUCGGAGUACGAGGUGGAGGUGCGUGCGGAGGACGGCGGGGCGCCGCCGCUGCGCGCCAGCCGCGGGCUGCGGGUGCCGGUGUCGGACGUGAACGACAACGCGCCGGCGUUCGCGCAGGCCGUGUACACGGUGCUGGCGCGGGAGAACAACGCGGCGGGCGCGGAGCUGGCGCGGCUGUGGGCGCGGGACCCGGACGAGGCGGGCAACGGGCGCGUGAGCUACUCGGUGUGGGAGGGCGGCGCGGCGGCGGUGUCGGCGUCGGGGGCGGCGGGCGGCGGGUGGCGGCCGGCGUCGAGCUACGUGUCGGUGGACGCGGAGAGCGGGCGCGUGUGGGCGCUGCAGCCCUUGGACUACGAGGAGCUGCAGGUGCUGCAGUUCGAGGUGCGCGCGGUGGACGCGGGGGAGCCGCCGCUGUGCGGCAACGCCACGGUGCAGCUGUUCGUGCUGGACGAGAACGACAACGCUCCGGCGCUGCUGCCGCCCGCGGGCUCGGCAGCGGAGGCGGGCGGCGUGGCGGGCGAGGCGGCGGAGCUGGGGGCGGCGGCGGCGGGGGCGGUGUCGGGCUCGGGCACGCUGUGGGCGUGGGCGGCGUGGGGGGCGCCGGCGGGGCAGGUGGUGGCGAAGAUCCGCGCCGUGGACGCCGACUCGGGCUACAACGCGUGGCUGCGCUACGAGCUGUGGGAGCCGCGGGGCAAGGGCCCGUUCCGCGUGGGGCUCUACAGCGGCGAGGUGAGCACGGCGCGGGCGCUGGACGAGGCGGACGGCCCUCGCCAGAGGCUGCUGAUCGUCGUGCGCGACCACGGCGAGCCGGCGCGCUCGGCCACGGCCACGCUCAGCGUGUCGCUGGUGGAGGCGGCCGAGGCGGCGCUGGCCGCGGGAUCCUCGUCGUCUUUGUCGUCUUUGUCGUCUUUUUCUUUGUCGCGGGCGGCGGCGGGCGCGGAACUGGGUCCCGGGGCGGCGAGCGCGGCGACGAACGUGUGGCUGGUGGUGGCGAUCUGCGCCGUGUCGAGCCUGUUCCUGCUGGCCGUGGUGCUGUACGGGGCGUCGCGCUGGGCGCCGCGGGCGGCCGUGCUGUCGGGGCCCGGGCCCACGACGCUGGUGUGCGCCAGCGAAGUGGGCAGCUGGUCGUACUCGCAGCGCCACAGCCGCAGCCUGUGCGUGGCGGACGGCGCGGGCAAGAGCGACCUCAUGGUUUUCAGCCCCAACUUCCCUCCGCCGCCGCCGCCUGGCCCCGCGGCCAAGGACACGCAGCCGGAGUCUUCCGCUCUCCUCGACACGGUCAGUGGUCCUUCCUUCCUUCACUACUUGCCAGAGCCCCCAGCUCUUUCGGAGGGGGUCCAUAAUAACGAUAUGACUGCACCUUCGAGCAAUUACUGUAGGCAGCUGAAGUUUAGUGGUCUAAAUGUGAGUUGUUUUGCUCCUGAAUAAAUUACUGUCCUGUGAGACAAGGGGUGCCUGUAGGUGUGAUAUUUGCAGACAAAGAGAUUUUGUUGCUGUUGUGUAGCAUUUCCACCCGAGUUGGGUGGAGGAGUUUAAAACAGCCGGGGCAUGGUGAUGACAGGUUUGAAGGCACUAUGUACCACCUCAUUACCUUUGCUGACUGUUGACCGUGCUGGUAUUCAUUUGUCUUUUUAUUGAAAACUGCCCUUCUCUCCUUUAAUUAUGGUCAUGUGAAGGUAUGAUGAAUGAUGAAAAGUGGAUAUUCAAGGAUAAAAGUUCUCUCUUACCGUUCUACUAUGAGAUUUUCUUAGAAAAUUAAGUA